CGGGGCCGGUGCGGCGGCGAUGGGCGCGUGCUGGGGGCCGGUGCUGCGGGUGCUGGUGGUGCAGGCGGCGUGGGCGCUGUGCGGCGGUCAGGUGCGGUACUCGGUGUCGGAGGAAGCGGAGCCCGGGACGGUGGUGGGCCGUCUGGCGCAGGACGUGGGUCUGGAGGCGGGCGAGGCGGAGGCGCGGCGUCUGCGCCUGGUGUCGCAGGGCCGGCGGGCGAGCGUGGAGGUGAGCGGGGCGAGCGGGGCGCUGGUGGUGAGCUCGCGGCUGGACCGGGAGGAGCUGUGCGGGAAGAGCGCGCCGUGCGUGCUGCGGCUGGAGGUGCUGGUGGAGCGGCCGCUGCGCGUGUUCCAUGUCGAGCUGGAGGUCACCGACAUCAACGACAACGCUCCGAUCUUCCCUGUGAAAGAAGAAGCCUUUACAAUAGCGGAGGUAUCGCUGCCGGGUUCCCGUUUCCCACUGGAGGGCGCGUCGGAUGCGGAUAUCGGAGCCAACGCUCAGCUCUCCUACACACUCAGCCCCAACGAGCACUUCAGUCUUGAUUUGCAAAAAUCGGAGGAGGAUACUGUGUCUCUAUUCCUGGUUCUCACGAAAACUCUGGACCGCGAGACGAUGGCUGAGCACCGUUUGGUGCUGACGGCGAGUGACGGGGGCCGUCCGUCGCUGACGGGCACGAUGGAGCUGGUGAUCUCGGUGCUGGACGCGAACGACAACGCGCCCCAGUUCAACCAGUCGGUGUAUAAAGUGAAAGUCUUAGAGGGUUCAGGGCUUGGGACUGUAUUAAUCAAGCUUAAUGCCACGGAUAUGGACGUAGGGAUCAAUAGUGAUAUUAUGUACUCAUUUGGUAAGCGUGUCGCUGCUAAUGUUAAAGAAAUGUUCACUAUCGACGAAAUCAAAGGAGAAAUUAGACUUCAGGGGAACUUAGACUACGAAGACAUAGAUACAUACGAGUUUACAGUAGAAGCAAGGGACAAAGGUUUCCCUCCGUUAUCGGGUCACUGUAAGGUGCUGGUGGAGGUGCUGGACGUGAACGACAACGCGCCGGAGGUGCGGGUGACGUCGCUGUCGGUGCCGGUGUCGGAGGACGCGUCGGUGGGGACGGUGGUGGCGCUGCUGAGCGUGUCGGACCGGGACUCGGGGGCGAACGGGCGCGUGCGCUGCUCGGUGUGGCCGUCGUCGCCGUUCGGUCUGGUGUCGGCGUUCGCGGGCUCGUACUCGCUGGUGCUGCGGGAGGCGCUGGACCGGGAGCGGGUGUCGGAGUACGAGGUGGAGGUGCGUGCGGAGGACGGCGGGUCUCCGCCUUUGCGCGGCAGGCUCGGGGUGCGGGUGCCGGUGUCGGACGUGAACGACAACGCGCCGGCGUUCGCGCAGGCCGUGUACACGGUGCUGGCGCGGGAGAACAACGCGGCGGGGGCGGAGCUGGCGCGGGUGUGGGCGCGGGACCCGGACGAGGCGGGCAACGGCCGCGUGAGCUACUCGGUGUGGGAGGGCGGCAGCGGCGUUGGCGUUGUCGGCGGGGUUUUGUUGUCGGGCGGCGUGUGGCGUCCGGCGUCGAGCUACGUGUCGGUGGACGCGGAGAGCGGUCGCGUGUGGGCGCUGCAGGCGCUGGACUACGAGGAGGUGCAGGUGCUGCAGUUCGAGGUGCGUGCGGUGGACGCGGGGGAGCCGCCGCUGUGCGGCAACGCGACGGUGCAGGUGUUCGUGUUGGACGAGAACGACAACGCGCCGGCGCUGCUGCCGUCUGCGGGCGGCGGUGCGGGCGUGGGUGUCGACGCGGGUGGGGCUUCGUCGUUGGAGGCGGCGUCGGGGUCGCUGUGGGCGUGGGCGGCGUGGGGGGCGCCGGCGGGGCAGGUGGUGGCGAAGAUCCGUGCGGUGGACGCGGACUCGGGCUACAACGCGUGGCUGCGGUACGAGCUGUUGGAGCCGCGUGGGAAGAGCCCGUUCCGCGUGGGGCUGUACAGCGGCGAGGUGAGCACGUUGCGGGCGCUGGAGGAGGCGGACGGCCCUCGUCAGAGGCUGGUGAUCGUGGUGCGGGACCACGGCGAGCCGUCGCGCUCGGCCACGGCCACGCUGAGCGUGUCGCUGCUGGAGGGCACCGAGGCAAAGCUGGCGGCUUCGGGCUCUGGGCGGCCGGGGCUGCGGCCGUUGUCGGGUGUGGAGGGCGGCGCGGAGUCGUCAUCGUCGUCGACGAACGUGUGGCUGGUGGUGGCCAUCUGCGCGGUGUCGAGCCUGUUCCUGCUGGCGGUGGUGCUGUACGGGGCGUCUCGGUGGGUGCCGCGGGCGGCCGUGCUGUCGGGUCCCGGUCCGACGACACUGGUGUGCGCCAGCGAAGUGGGGAGCUGGUCGUACUCGCAGCGUCAGAGCCGGAGCCUGUGCGUGGCGGACGGCGCGGGCAAGAGCGACCUGAUGGUUUUCAGCCCCAACUUCCCGCCGCCGCCACCCGGCCCCGCGGCGAAGGAGACUCAGCCGGAUCCGUCGGCUCUCCUGGACACGGUCAGUGGCACUGCCUUCCUCCGUUUUCGCUUCUCCCUGACUUCAACGCUGAUUCCCCUUCUUGCAUUUCUUUCUCACCAAGCCCGUUGGCAGACGCUGUUGUGA